UUUAUUUGUUUGUGAUAAUUUUCUAUUGUAACUAAAAGUAAAUGGAUUUAUCCUUUAAAAAUAUUAUUUAAGCCUGUUAAUUCAGGGAAUUCGCGCGAUGUCGACAAACAAGUGAAGGAAAAUAAUAUUGCCAUGUCAUGGCGCGUAGCAUGACGAAGCGUUUUGAUAUCUUAUCAAACGGGUACAGUCGCUAUGUUUUCCACUUGGAGUACAUACAUUGCGGUGAGAUAUAUCUAGGAUGUCGUUUUUGGGAAAGAAAUUUAGGCGUUCACAUUGUGAAAAUAUAAACGAAUUGGUGAAAGCUGCCAACACCCAUGACGUCAUACAAGCGUUCAAGACUUUUGCGCCGACAAUCUGCUUCACCAGGGUAGAUAAGAACACUUUUUAUAUAGACGUACAAGUGGCCAGCAAGCACGUAGGUCACACCUUCAAGCUUGGUGAGGAACAAGAGAUGGAGAGAAAAGAUGGAUCUAAGGUACGGAUGACGUACACUAUAGAAGGCGACAACGUGUUGCACCAGAUGAUAAAGUUGCCAGAUGGAAAAACCGCGCACUUCCGGCGGGAAUUCACAGAUACAGACUGUACUAUGACAAUUAGCUUGGAAGGAUCAGAAGUUAAGGGAAUGAUUUGGUACGACAACGUUUCUUAAUAUAUUAAUUAUUAGCAUGGUGGAAACGUAUUUGGCAUGUUGUGCCAGUCCUUACCGUUGAGAAUAGUAUUACUACAUCGCCUCAAAGAUUAAGAAGGAAGACUUAUAACUUUAAGACAAAAUUGAAUAAACUUAACAAGGUGUUGACACUCUGUAACUUCCAAUAGCGAUUUUAAUUUGCUAUUGUUGUGAUAAUAAUAUAUAUAUAAUAAUUAUAGAGUACCAUCACAGCUCUGCAUCUUCCAAUAGUGAUGAGGACUUCCAUGUGAUGCGCGUGUAUUGACAGAACCCGUCGGCAAUCAUUGUAAUAACGCUCUCUAUUAUGUUUGAUUCAAAAUAUAAUCAAAUAUUCAAAGUAUACCCUGCAUUAAAAUAACAUAAAAUAAUUAUUUAUAUCGCUAGUGGAAGUUGUAGAAUAUCGGUAAUGUAGGGCAAUGUAUGUAAACGUAUUUCAACUAGAAGUUACUGUACGACUGUUGGGUAAAAUUGUCACGCAAUGGUAUUUUCAAAAUGUGUGUGUUUCAUUAUGCGACUUCACCAAGCAUUGUAGUUAAAGCAAUCUGGAUAAUAAAAAAAAUAUAACCUAACUUCACCCAGUACUCAGAUUUUUUUUGAGUUUGAAAUCCAAACGCUGCAAUGUAUGAAACAGCGCACAAAUGAAUUCCCUAACACAGGGAUUUUUCCAUGACAAAAACAUUAUAGCUGAAUAAUAGUUUUACACAGAUCAUUAAUCUAUAUUUUGUUAGUAACAAAGGUGCUAUUUUAGUAUUAUUAAACAAAAGCAUGGUGGAGAAUUGACCAACGGCUAUAUCUGCUGUUUUUUGUGAUCAAACAUUGACAAUAAUGCUAUACCGAACAAGAGGCAUCAAGACUAUUUGUUGACUAUUCAACGUCUUUUGGGUGAAACUAUUCCAUUUAGCUAAUAGACUACACAGUAGAUACAAAUUAACAUGCAAAGGCUGGCACUUUGUCUUCGAAAAUAUCACAAAUGUUUGCAUUUAGAAUAUUCUUAAUCUACGUCCUAGUAAUAAUUAAACAAAUUUAAAAACUUUGGCCCCUAUGGGAAGUCUGUUGGCAGCAUUUUCUCGCUGUAUUGCGAUACUAAUGUAGGGUCACCGAUACAAAUGUCUGAAAUUAAUUGUAAGUAUUUUUUUGUUCUUUUAUUUAUAAGAAAAUCUGUAAUCGUAUUAACUGACUGCAUUGUAUUUAACUUUGUAAAUAAAAUUAAUUUUAAGUAUAAUAGUUAAAAAUAUGUAAAUAUCGAAAGGCAAGUAAUAAAUUGUAUUAAAUACAUU